AAUGGCUGACUUUGCGUCCCAUUCCGGAUCUUUGAGGGAUUAUCCCCUCUAGUAACUUAAUAGGAUCUAUAUGUUAGGACAUGUAAAUCACGUGAGGUUAAAUCCACCAAUCUGCGACUAGAAGAGCACCGCUCGAGCGAGAGCUCUCAAACUUCUCAACACUGGACAUCUAGAGUGAGACAGGUCGGAUGGGCCGGCGGAGUACUACGUGUUGUUUUGAAGAAAGUUGCUCAGACUUUUGAUUAUCUUUCGGAUAAUUUGGACGCAAACAAUUUUCCAUUUUUGGUUACAAGAUGAUUAAAACUGACAUUAGCCGAAUUCAUGGAUACAUUUUUAAGUGUCAAUGCAGUAAAUUGGGUUGACCUAGCACAACGAAUGGGUUAGCAAGCUAACAUUAGCUAGUUAGCUAAUGGUUUUUGGGAGCGAUUCGACUAUACUUGCCAGCUAAAAGCGAGCUGAAAACAUAGUUUGGUUAUAGCUUAUCAGCUGGGACAAUCUUGUUUUUAGUCUGUUAUUUUGGUUAACCCCAACUUUAUUUCGACUUAAUGUGCAGGUGUAGGUAUCUACUCUUGAGUACCUGAUAAACCUCAUAGCCCGCGAUAGAUAAAUCAGCCAGGAGUUAGUUAGCACAGCUAGUUAGCACACAGUCGGUGUGGACUUUUGCUAGUAGUGGAGACCCAACUAGCUCUGUAACGGGGGUUUAUUUGUACUCUGCCCGUGUUUGGGCUCAAUCAACGCCCAUGCUCACAAGUAGCUAUAUUAAUAUGGAUACGGGUUGUUCAUUCAAGCUGGCUUUACUUUACACCUGACCGGCAUAACUAUCGUAACUGUUUAGGUGUCAACGUUGAUCCGCAAAUAAUAUUUCCCUGAGUUGCGACGUGGAAAGUAGCUAACUUUUCUAAGAGGACUUUGGAAUACCAUGCCUGGACCGUUUUACUCAUUUGAUAUCGCGCUGAACACGAGCAUUCCAAUGAUUUAAUCGUUUGAUUUUGCAUCUACAACUUUGCACCCUAUGGUGCGGCUACAGCCACCGAGAAAUGGAUGUUUCCAAGGCCGGUUUCCCAAACGGUGAGGGGCGGCCGAAAGACACUGGAGAGCAUGCCUGGACAGAUUCUCCAACCGCCAGAGCUUGGGCGCAUUCUGCUCAUCUGUCCCGAUCGCUGUGGACGGCUGUAUUUGCUUACGAAGGCACGGGAGAAGAUGAACUUAGUCUGCGGCGGGGGGACGUAGUUGAGGUCCUCUCGAAAGAUGCUGCGAUCUCCGGAGAUGAAGGAUGGUGGACGGGUAAAAUUAAUCAUCGCGUCGGGAUUUUCCCCGCAAAUUAUGUUACCUAUCAACCGGCUAUUUACAGACUUCCCGCCGGUAACACUGUAGGGGUGAGGGAGCGUCCUAGUACUCCGGUACAAAUACAUUUUGGUGAACUCGUUUUAGAGGAAAUAAUUGGUGUCGGCGGAUUCGGUAAAGUAUACAGAGGGACAUGGAAGGACCAAGAGGUCGCGGUGAAGGCAGCUCGACAUGAUCCUGACGCAGACAUCACGGCGACCUCGGAUGGGGUUAAACAAGAGGCCAAGCUCUUCUCUAUGCUUCAACAUCCCAAUAUAAUAAAACUUGAAGGUGUUUGUCUCGAGGAGCCAAACCUGUGCUUGGUAAUGGAAUAUGCACGCGGUGGGACUCUUAAUCGCGCUUUGACUGGUCGUAGGAUACCACCUCACAUCCUUGUUAACUGGGCUGUUCAGAUCGCAAGGGGCAUGCAUUACCUGCACGAGGAGGCUAUUGUGCCCAUUAUUCACCGAGACCUGAAAUCCAGCAACAUUUUAUUACAUGAAAAAAUAGAAAACGAUGACAUUGGCAGGAAAACCUUGAAGAUCACAGACUUUGGCCUGGCCAGAGAGUGGCACAACACCACCAAGAUGAGUGCUGCUGGAACGUACUCCUGGAUGGCUCCCGAAGUCAUCAAGUCAUCCCUCUUCUCCAAAGGCAGUGAUGUCUGGAGUUAUGGAGUCCUGUUAUGGGAGCUGCUGACAGGAGAGGUGCCCUAUCGUGGAAUUGAUGGUCUGGCUGUGGCCUAUGGGGUGGCUGUCAACAAGUUAACACUCCCCAUUCCAUCCACCUGCCCGGAACCUUUCGCCAAACUCAUGGAAGAGUGCUGGGAACAGGACCCCCAUAUCCGGCCAUCGUUUGCCUCCAUCCUGGAACAGUUGACAGCCAUAGAGGAGGCAGUGAUGGCCACCAUGCCCCAAGACUCCUUCCACUCCAUGCAGGAGGACUGGAGGGUGGAGAUCCAGGAGAUGUUUGACGAGCUCAGGACAAAAGAGAAGGAGCUGCGCUCACGGGAGGAGGAGCUGACGCGCGCGGCUCUCCAGCAGAAGUCCCACGAGGAGCUGCUGAAGAGGAGGGAGCAGCAGCUGGCCGAGAGGGAGAUCAACGUGCUGGAGAGGGAGCUCAACAUCCUCAUCUUCCAGCUCAACAAGGACAAGCCCAACGUCAAGAAGAGGAAGGGCAAGUUCAAACGCAGCCGCCUCAAACUCAAGGAUGGCAACCGCAUCAGCCUGCCCUCAGACUUCCAGCACAAGAUCACCGUGCAGGCCUCGCCCUCCAUGGAGAAGAGGAGGAGCCUGAACAGCUCCAGCUCCAGCCCCCCCAGCAGCCCCACACUCAUACCCCGCCUCCGGGCCAUACAGCUAACCCUGGAUGAGAGCAACAGAACAUGGGGACGAAGCACCAUCUACAAGGAGGAGUUUGAUGACGUCAAGAAGGGGAUUAAGAAGAAGGGGCGAACGUGGGGUCCGAGCUCUGUCCAGACCAAGGAGCGAGGAACCUGUGCUGAAAGAGUGAGGCCCUUGUCUGAUGGAAGCAACCCGUGGUCCACCAGUCUGGUGAAGUCCGUUCCAUUGGCUGCCUUGUUCGCAGAGCAGCAAGCAGGGGCCGAUAAAGACGAGACAUCGUCGCCGGACUGCUCGGACAACACCAAACCAAAGCAACUCAAGUUUCCCAAUCAGGUGUACAUCGAUCUACCUCUGUGGAAGGACGAGCAGCAGCAGCUGGGAGGGGGUGAGGGGGCGGCCAUGGGCUGCUCUGGGGAGAGCCUGGAGGACCCCACAACCACCUCCACCAGUUCCGCCAGCACCACCCCGCAGCACACCCCCACCAACAGCCUGAAGAGGGCCUCGACUCGCCGGCGGACAGACGCCGUGCUCUACGGCUGCGCCUCCAUGCUGGCCUCGGUGGCCCUGGGUUUCGACCUGCGCGACGCGCUCAAGGCCCCGCCGGCGGACGACCCUGAGCUCACGCCCGGCGCCGAGAAGGAGAGGAAGAAGAAGGAGGGACUGUUUCAGCGGGCCGCGCGCUUCCGGCGUAGCACAAGCCCCCCCGGGGGUCGCUCGUCCCGGAAGGAGGAGGCAGCCCAGGUCUGGGCCGCAGCUCCCCCAGGCCCCGUCAACCUCACGGCCAUGUCCGCCAUCUCCGAGUGCAACUCCACCAGGUGCCUCCUGCAGGCUGACCCGGACGGGCCUCAACCCAGCCCUGUGAAAGAGGAGGCUCCCAUCGGCCUGUCGGACGCCAGGCUACAGCCCGGCAGCAGCUCCUGUUCCCACAGUCCGAAGGGGCCCGACAACAGAAAUCCUGCUAAGGCUGAGCCUCGCCCACUCUCCCAGACCGCUCCAGAGCGGACACCGCGUCAGACCAUGAGCUCUCGUCUCCGGACUAAGAAGUCUGCCUUCAUUCAGAACACAAACGGCUCUCACAAUACCUCAUUGGGACAGUCACCCACCACGACCUUUCAGAAGAAGAAGUCGGACAGGGAGAAUACCCCUGAGAAAGCAGCCUGCGGCGAGACCAUCUCCACCAGGCCCCGGCCUCUGUCCCUGCGCAGCAAACCCCACUCCUGGGGUCUUCUGAGGGGCCGCAACAAGAGCUACUCUCUGGGCCACUACUCUGGAGAGAAGAGUGCCAGGAACCUCAACAUUGUCCUGUCCUCUACCGAGGUGAAGGUGGGUUGCUCCCUGCUGGACAUGGACACAGAAGGCCAGAAACGGGACUGUACCGUGCCCCUGUGCCGAAUCCAGAGUGGACCCAGUCGCCCCUCAGUCUUCCAACUGGAGAAGAAGUUCUUGUCAUAGUAGCAGAGCACAAUCUUUGACUUCAAUGUGUGAGUCGGAAUCCACAACUCCUAUGUUAUUCCAGGGAAUUCUACCGCCCUCCCUCCGUUUAACCCCAACUGUGGGCCACUGCUGCUGGAAUUUUCUUUCCACAAGACCUGUGCUUUUUCUAUUUAUAUCUGUAUAUUUUGAUAGGUAAUUUAAUAUUGAAAAUCAUGUUUUGCCUAGCAUCAGGUAGAUUGAUCAACGAAGGAAGACAUUGUUUUGUUGUUGCAGAAAUGUUAACAUUUUUGUUCAUGUACAUGGAUUUUGGAAGUUACAUGGAAGUUACAAAAUCAUGUGUAUGUAAAAAUGUUCAUGUUAAUGUGCUUUUGUCUGUAAAUAUUGUUUUCCAUUUUGAUUUAAUGCUGGUAAUAUUUUUGUAUUUUAUGAACUGUUUUUAUUUGACCACAGUGAUACCACAGUGUUUAUUGUGAAGUAAUGUCUAAUGUCGAAGAGUUAUUAUUGAAUGUCCAAGGGCUGAUCUGUUGACUUCUCUCUGGAAGUCAUCAAGUGGCUCAACUGACAGAUUUAGAGCAACUGUGCUACCAACAACUCUAGUGAUCUCUGUCUCUACACUGAAACACUAAGCCAAGCCUGGUCAGUCUCUACAACUUCACUAUACCUACUUACCCAACGUGUUUUGAAGAACAAUGAGAUAACUAUGUACAUGUAGGGUGAGUAGUGUGUAAAUGGGAAAACCUUUGAAUUAUUAUGAAAAUGGAACACGUGCAAAGAUUUCCAUUUUAUAGCUUAGUUGUCACAUUUAGCAAAUGUUCCCAUUUUCACAAUUCUCACCCUAGUGUUUAUUUGGCUUAUCAUGCAUUCCUUUUUUGAAUUACAGUAUUGAUUACAAUUAACCUUUAGUCAUAUAGACAAGAGGCCUGUAGAUUAAAUUACAUUUUGAAGAAAAUGUGCUCCAAUAGGUCCUCUUGUUUGAGUCACUGUUAAAUGCUGUAUUUAAGCUUUUUAUGUUCACAUGAAAAUAAUAGCUGUCAGAAUCUGCCUGUUUGUAGAUGCGCCAGACAAGAGGUGUCAAACCGGUUCCAUGGAGGGCCGAGUGUGUGCUGGUUUUUGGUUUUUCAUUUCAAAUGAGACCAAAUAAAACCAGGUGAAGGAAGAUCUUAACCAAUUAGUAACCUAUUUUACCAAUGAAGCACAAGGUGAGCGUGAAAACCUGCAGACACUCAGCCCUCCGUGGAACCAGUUUGACACCUCUGCACUAGACUGUCCAAGUUAUUGUCUGAACAGUACCCAGCUAGGUCUGAUUGAGUAAAACUGUCCAGUAAAUAUCCAAUGUAAUGUUUUAAUGAAAGAAUACUGUUUACAAAGAAUACUGAAUGUUAAAUCAUCUCCCUUGUUAUAGUACUCUUUAAACCAUUAGCACUUUGUCUUUAUUUAAAACAACAUUCCCAGGGGUUCAUAGUCACCUGUUGAAGUCAGUAAAACUGGAACAAUACCUCUUUUAACACUGCCUUUGAGAUCAAAUCACAUCAAUGUCAUGGUUUGAGCAUGUCUAGGACCUUGGCUAUUUCCUGAAAUGUUGUGCCUGCCAUUAAUUCAACACAUUUAAUAGGCUUUUGCCUUCUACCUUUUUUAUUAGCAUUGUGUUAGCUAUGUUUGGGGAGUUGAAGGGGACAACAGAUUGAGAUGAUACAAUACAUUUAUAGAUCUGUUAUUUUAUUUCUGCUUUGUACUGUCUUAAGUUAUCCCCAUAUUUUAGUUGAAUACAGCAGUAUUGACAUCAACCUUCUUACUGUCACCAAAACAACUUCCAAAAUGGAUUCCUCAUUAAGAAAAUACAUAUUUGAACCGGAGUGAAUCUUCACAAACCCUCUAUGUUUUUCUGGAAGUGUAUGUCUCAAGUCAACCAAACAAAUCAAAUUCCGUACCUUUUGCACUGUACUGUGUAUUAUCUGGAAAUGAAAAGUAAGACACCUCGUAUUUGUUGUCUUAGGAUGUUGAGACCCGUAUGUAAUACAGUAAAAAAAAUUGUGAAACGCUAUUCUCUGAAAUGUCUCAUGUCUUACAUUGAUCGUACUGUAGGAAGCAAAUAUUAUUUUGCCAUCACACAAGUUGACAGGUUAUCAAAAGCAAUAGUCUGUGGACCAAUGACUGCAAUAGGGCUGUAGAGUUAAUUGUUAUGAGAACCAGCCACCCAGUGCCUAACCACUUCAAACUGACUCCUCUGUGUAAUAAGUUGUAAGUUGCUGACUAGGUGAUGACCAUAUCACGCCUCUGUGGAGGAAUAUGUAAGUUGAUAGUGAAGUCUCAUAUUGCAUGGCUCAUGGUAAUAACAGUUUACUAGAGCACAAUGAGACUAGGCUAGUUAGAUAAUGUUGAUAAAGCACAAUCAUUCCUCUCCAUGCGUGAGAUAUUCAGACUUUCAGUGCACUUAGUGCUUGUGUAGUUUGAGUGGAAAUGCACUCAACAUGCUAUUAAGAUGGACUGGAAGGAGAUAUGCUGUUGAUCUGCAAUCUCUUUAUUGAA